AGUCCGUGUGAGGAAGAUAUUUGAUAUGAUAACCAAUCAUUGUCUGAAAUACAUAUCAAAUUUCUCGAGAGUCAGUUUUUUGAGAAUAGCGUCGAAAGCAUCCACGAGAUUCUGUGUCAGGCGCAUGUCCUUGGACCACCUUCAAAGAACAGCCAGUAACACUAGACACAACGUUGUGUCUGGUGCGACAGUUGUCAAGGUGAAGGAUGAGUCGUCAACAGUGAAAAAGCUGACCUUGAAGGUCCAUGAUAAGCGUUUUUUCUUCAAGGCAGGGCAAUGGGUGGACAUGAUGAUUCCCAAGGUAGAAAAAGUGGGUGGUUUUUCAAUGUGUUCUUCACCACGGAAACUAGCUCAGGAUGGCUUGUUGGACCUGGCAGUUAAGAAAAGUAAUCACCCACCAGCUCAUUGGGUCCAUACACAGUGCAGAGAAGGUAUUGAAGUGAAUAUACGAUCAGGAGGUGAUACAUUCUACGACCCGAAACCUGACGACCCACAACCAGACCUUCUCCUAUUGGCCGGAGGAAUCGGAAUCAAUCCACUGUACAGUAUUUUGUGUCAUGUAACAGAUCUGUUACCGAAAAAGGAAGAGAAUUUUGUAAUACUAGACAAAAAUACAGCAGGGGCAGACAACUUCGACCAUGCACCAAAUAAAGUUUGCUUGCUGUAUUCCGCCAGCGUUGAAGAUGAACUGAUAUUUCAGAGAGAGUUAUCUGAGGCAGUCGAACAGUAUCCAUGUGUUGACUGUCAGUAUUUCCUCACAAGGGAAACCACUCAAAAAACAUCACUGCCUGUAAAAAACCGAAGAAUUAACCACCAAGAUAUACAAGAUUCGUUUAGGAGACUAAGAAAGGAGAAAACCAUGGUUUAUAUUUGUGGCCCCUCCCCUAUGAUAGAAACCAUGGAAACUAUUCUCCUCGGAGCUGGGAUUGGUCAACAGCAGAUCCUAUUUGAGAAAUGGUGGUAGCAGAGUGACUGAUAACUGUAGCUGCUUUUAUCCAGGUUACCGACUUUGAAACGUUGGUUGCAGAUUUUUCAAUUAACUGUGUUUAUCUUUAUAUAUGCCCAGCAUUUGAAUUAUUUCGAAAAUUCAGGGGAUGGGCCUGUUACAGAUCAAUAGAAUAGCAUUUGUGUAUAACUUAUUUUAGUAAGUACAAAACAACUUUUUACGUCGCCCUAGGAUUAGGUUAUUGUCGAUGACGUCAUUUAUAUGACACAACUUUUUCCAGUCUAUAUUAAUCACUCUUGUUGGCCCGGUGGAGGCAUGCAUGGAGUCUUCUAUACUUUAAGAAGAACCUGUAGUACCUGGAGAAAAUCCAAGUGGUCCAACAAAUGAGCCUCUACUUAUUUACAUCUGUUCUGGGACCAAACCCCAAAGCCUGAAGGUUAGAAGCUAGUGUUUUACCAAUGUACCAAUUGACCUUAUGAUGAGACAUGGGCUUAUUGCUAGAUAAAUUCAGUGUUUUGUUUGUUUUUAUUUGAAGUGAUUAAAAUCAGUAUAUAAAAACAAAUCCAGGCAGUUUUAA